CGAAGUUCAAAGUGCUGACGAAGCAGUCGGCGACAAGGAAGGCCACAUGACAUCGCACACACAACAGAGAAGCCAUGGAAUCUCGAGGAGUCCGUCCUAUGGACGGUCGCCUCGGAGUGCACCGAACCAAGGCACUAACGCAACAGUUCCCUCGCCACCAGGCAAGCCAUCGGCGGCGGCGGAGGCUACACAGGGGACAGGACAUCGAGCCCUACCCAAGACUUCGGUCGUCGAAAACGGAGACAAUGGGUCUCAGGGGACGAAACCCUUGUCCAGGAAAAGCGGCAGCAUUCCUCGCACGUUCUUGAACCAUUCCAAGUCAUCGUCAACUCCGGAUCAACAACAACCUGCAUGGAACCCGUCGCUCAGUCAUGUCCGGACCAUUGUCCAUGACUCCCCCUUGUACGCGAGAAAACCGAGCGCUCCGACAAAACCUCGCGGGUUUUUUGGUGAAAACGAUCCACUUCCCCAGCAGCAACAGUCUUCUGCCGCCAUGUAUCGUCCACCACCGCCAUCUCAUAUUCCCGUCCCUCCGCGGAACAGUCCGUCGCAGCCGUUGUCGACCACGAGCAGCACCCACUCCCUUGACAGCACCACAACCUCAUCUACGACGUCAACUCUGACGCCGCCAUCGAGCGCCACGCCUCCUUCCAGCCUGCCGCCACCCUUGGACGACAACGACGCACCGCGAACACCCAAUUCGACCCGAAAAGCCAAAAAAGUCGACCCGCCUCGCACCCCCAACCAAAUCAAUCCGGAUCAGGGCCUAUCGGCGCCCCAAAAGGUUCGCGUCGGGCUCCCCGGCUUGCUCUUGACGUCCGAAGCCUUCCGCAACUCGACGGGCAUCAACAGCAGCGGCAGGACCAAGCGAGAUGCUAGUCCGGGGCGCACGCGGGCGCAAAACUUGAGCGCGGCGCCGGUCAGCCCCACCCACAGCCGGACGUCGAGCCAGGGGUCGAUGAAAGCGCGCACGGCGGACGCGCUCGCGGCCAAGUUGAUUCCGACCAAGAACAGCGUGCACAGUUUGAUCGGGUACAUCAAGGAACUCCAGAGCUCCGAAGCCAGUCUGCGCACGCACUUGGAGUCCAUCAAGUCCAAAGCGCAGGAGGAUUUGGCGCGGUCCCACGGCGCCGUGAACAAACUGCAGUCUAGUGUGCGACAGGUCGAAGAAGAACGAGAUCAAAAAGCGCUUGAACUGGCGCGAAAGAGCGAUGAAAUCGACGCCCUCCAAGCCAAAAUCGAAGCGUUGCGGGUCGCCUUGGAGAAGAACAACCCGUCGUUGGCCACGAAUUACACCAGCGUGCCCCCGCCGCACAUACCCCCGCCGCCCCACCCCCCCCAAAUGGCCACCAUCCAAGAAACGUCUGAAACAUCCGAUCGCCCCAGCAACGUACCCCACCCGAUCCCCCCCGAUAUGUACCGCGGUUGGCUCGUCGAGUUCUUUAGCCAGCAUGACACGUCGCGUCUGCCAGCGAUCGACACGCUCAUGCGGCGGUACCAAGGCCGAGACAAGCGGCUUGUGCAAGAAUUGCAUAUUCGCUAUGGCUUGGCGGCCGUCGAGUCCCUCGCCAUUCGACUAGGACAGGUCGAUGCAUUGACAUCGUCCAAGCCACGGCAACAACGUGACGUGGCUGCCACCCCCGCUCCUGUUCCGUUUGUGAUGGCACCAGAGGCGUUUCAAAGCGAUUCCUCCCAGCAGGGCUACGCAGCAGCCCCUGUCGCAGACCAACAGUUGCUCUCGUCAAGCCUUGGUCGGGGGCGAAACGACGAGGACGGCGGACGACGACCACCACCCAACUGUCGACCCCCUCCUGCUGGGGCACCGCCCAAGGAUUACGUGCUCCAUCGCGCGGCCCAUGUCCCGUCGUCGGUGGCUUAUUCAAACGCUCCAUCGACCAAUAGAAACCCUUCGCCAUUGAGUGCAGAUGAUGCGCGUGCCACUCCCAACGAACCAAUCAACGCGUUCCAAAAACCACGAUCUCCUCGGCUGCACAAACCCCGCCCCCUUGCCUCGCACACCAUGCACGACCCGUUUGAACUAAACCAAACGUCGUCGCAGAAGAGCUGCCCUCCAAGCCCCCUACCGGUGGUAGCGCCUUCCAACUUACAGUCAACUACUCCCACGCCCUCCACAGACAACAGCACCUGCAGGCCCACUACACCCCAAACCACCGUGUCUCAGCCCCUCCCUGCGCACCUGUCGUCGUCUCCCCCAUCGCCCCCUCCCAUGCCCAUGACCCUGCAGAAUCUCUUGACAGAUUUGUACAAGACGCACCAACCCGACAAACUUGACGACGUCAGCGCCAUUGCGUCGUCAUACGCUGGCCGUGAAGACGAGUUGGUCCGGCGGCUCAAAGCCAAGUACGGGGCGCUCAGUGUCAAGACCCUCGAGCUCCACCUGCCCACUUUGCAACGUUGUGUAUCGAAACAACCCGCGACGUCGUCUGUUCUGUGGCGCGUCAUCGCAUUCUUGACUCGAUUGGUGGUCGUGGCAGCCAUCGUGGCGUGCGUUGGCCUGGGCUACUUUGGCGUGGCUUCCCAUUUAACGUGUCGUAGCCACACCGCGACGACAGAUGAAUCGUCGUACUGUCAAGCGUGGCACAUGUCCACUUCUCGACUGGUGCAGACGCCCUCGAUGGAGGCAGCCCAGGCCUUGUUGGACCUAGUUCCUCAUGCAUCUCCCGCCAUGCUCAGCGUCGGGACGGCGGCGGCCGCGCGGAGUGUCGAGCGCACGCUGGUGGUGCUACGCACGUCGAUCCGCCACAUCCAGCAGGUCAAGCCUGUGGCCGUGCCAGGCUUUCGAGGCCUGGAGCUCUUGGACGAGUUUGCCAGAGCGUUGGAACUGCUCGUCACCAACGGAACCUCCAUCGCUACGGCGGAGCGCCAACGAGUACUCGACAUGUGGGCCAUCCUAGACCUCGCCGACGUCGAAGCCGCCAGGCAGAUGAACUGGAUUCCCUCAACGAUCUGAGCAACGCUAUUACUACUAAUACGUGGAACUAUUUAAUAUAACUAACAUGACUACGACUACGGGGGUACGC